AACGCGUCGGCAUCUCCAUUCAUUAAGACAUCGUUAUUACCUGGCCUACUGAUAAUAUACGAAUACAACACAUUCAUGUUAUUUAUAAUCUGUAACAUCGAAAAUUCAAAUAAAUUGCUGUGAUAAAUUCUAGUGGGUAAUUGUGCAGAAUAUUUCCUAAAAAACAUAGCAUUGUGAACAAAAUUUACAAAUCGCGCCCCUAUGACAAAAUAAACAUAUUUUAAAUUAAAAAUUGAUUAGAUAUUUGAUUGGUAUUUCGUGUAUUUGAAGCUCAUUAUUAUUUUGUUUAAUUUUAGAUUCUGAGUGGAGCGAUGAAUGUAUUGGUUUUACAGUGAUGUUUUUUUUUCUGUGGAUAACUUUUCUACCAGAAAUCUUGCUCCGAUUUACAAGUGAAGCACUUUUUCUGAAAAAAAAUUGGACUGGAGAGGUACUUUAGGGAGGUCAUGUUUUAAUUUUCCCAGAAGUUUUCCCAAUAAAUGAGAAAAAACAUAAGAAAAUCGGGAAAAACGUAAGAAAAACGGAAAAAUAGGUACAGUAUUAAACAAAUAUUAUUAAAGAAAAUAUAUUAUAAUGCCUUUGUAAUUAUUUUGUUAUACUAUGACGUAUAAAUUGUUGACAAAGUCACACUAUUAACUGAACUCCACUCAGAAUCGUUUUUUCAUUAAUAAUGAUGUAUCGUUCCUUACAGAUACACAUUCAAUUUCCCCUCUACUACCUUCCCAACUUCUCUCCUAUAACAGUUGUUCAACCACAAUGCUGCACAUUUAUAAUGGUUGUUAUAUACGAAAAUGUAAAUGUAUAUUCUCGUAUGACAAUGAUUUUUUAAAUGAUAUUUCAUACUUGCUUGGAAAUAAAGGAAUGAAGUGUCAACAAACCAUAUCAAUUGUAUCCAUGAUGUUAUAACUUUAUAUAACGAUUCUAUAAUUUAACAAUUUCUUAUCAUAUUGACAUAUUGUCCAUUUAUGUUACCUAAACUAAUGGUUUAUAACUUAUUAUAACGAAAUAUUUAUUUAUCGAUAUCCAGCUUUCAAUUGAAUUUUAAUAAUAUGUUUGCCUAAAACUAUAAUUGGAUCGAUGAUUGCAGAAAUAUCACGAAUAACACAUUUUAAAAAUCUUUUUUUCAAACUUUGAAAGUCAAUAAUAAGCGCAUUCCAAAUUAUUUUUACACAGAAAUUAAGAAUAAUUAGUAUUGAAGUUUGAGUAAGAAAUUAUUUUUAAAUUAAAUUUAUUUUCAAAAUUAUUUAUACAGAUAUACAGUUUUUAUCAAAUAUCAUAAGUUUUUAAAAUUGGUUUCCUUUAAUCAUCGAUUCAAUUAUUUUUGAAAAUAUUAUAAUACCUACCAAUACGAGUACUUAUAUUAAUAAAUGACAAAUUACUCAUACUAGGAGUCAUCAAAAAAUUAAUAUAAUUUCGUCUUAUAGGUAUAUUAAUAAUAUUUUUAUUAUUUCGUGUAGCAAUAAUUACCAUAGAUAUACCUACAUUAAUGUUUUCAGAACGGUAUUUUUAUGAAUAUUUUGGGUAUUUAUUAUGAUAGGUUUUUGAUGAAUAUCACUCAAAACGUUGAGAUAUAAGACAUAUUAAAACAUUAUACCUAUCAUAAUAUUGUCUUAUUAUUGAACCAUGCAAAUAUAUAUAUUUUCAAGCAUAUGUUUAGUUUACAUUUUAAAGCCACCACACAAAUAAUUUAAUAUAAAUAUAUCUCCUCAUGGAAUAAUAAUUUGUGAAAUGUAAGUUCGUACCUGAAAGUGUGUCCCCAUACUAACCAUGUACCAAAGAGACCGUUUAAUCACAGUUGUAUUUGCGAACGAAGUCUUAAAGUCCAAAAAUAGUUUAUCCAAUACGAUUUCCACUGUGUUUUUCUUUUUAAAUCUGUCUAUAAUCUAUAAAAAUAAAAACAUGUAAUGCAUAACUAAUACACAAUACUAAUCUGAUAUCUUUUUUUGAUUGAACAUACGAUUGUUUCCCCAUCGAAUUCUUUUAUAGUUUUUAAGCCAUUUCUGAGAAGUUUGGAAUUUUCAUUUAGGAAGUUAUCCGUUAGGUAAUAAUGAUGCAUUUUCACCGGGAAGAGACAAGCACAGAUUAAAGCUAAGAACAUUGCUGAAAACAAAAAAACAAAAUUAUUUUUUAUAGCACUGGUCCUCCGAAGGCCACAAUACGCCCUUGGACGAGAGAAAACUUAAAAUAAUUAACUAAAUUAAAUACUUACCGAACGAUAGGUACCUAUUAGUUAAUUAAAACUUACCGAACGCGUUACAGUACGGUAGAGCCGAAUAAACCCCUUGGCUCGUGCUAGUAAUAAUUUGCGCUAAGAUGGAUCCGACGAAAAUGCCGAACAACAAGCUGAACGAGAUGAUGCUGGUGGCGCUUUGGUACAGUUUAGUGUCAUCAAUUUGGGAAAACAAGUAACUAUAACCCAAUACAAAGGUAUGGGACGUCGCUCCUAUUCCAACCAUAGACACCUAUUAGAGUAAAAACGAAUAUAGAGAUGCCUAUACACGAUCAUUCAAAAUUGCCGUUUUGCAAUGAUGAAUGUCAAUCAUUUUUUCAUGGCUGAUUAAUUUUAGCGUGUUUGAUUUUGCGCACUAGAUUGAACAAUCGCCGAAAAAUUGAUAAACCUGAAUGAUCUCGUAUAGGCCCUUUAAAAUUAUAAAUUAUAAUACACCACUACACCAGCAUAGUUAACUAAGUCGUUACUGGGUAUAUGUGUAUCACAGUGUUCAUUAGUACCUACAUCGUCUCCGUCUCCGUAAAACGUGACGGUGACUUUAGUUAAUAAAUUUUUUUAUUUUACAAAUUACAUGAGAUUCAGCUGUCUAAAGUUGGUUGAAAGAUGAUUUCUUAUCAACUUUUUUACUUAAAACAUACGUGCAUGUGCUAUUAUAUGAUUAUCUAUACAAAUCAUUUUCCCCAUAAAACAGUUGUCAAAUUUCGUCAUUUUUAAAGUAAUGCAUUUUAAAUUGUUAAAAAAUCGAUAACAUUUUUAAACUAAUUUUUGAUGGUUGUAUCUCAGGUAAUUUUUAAGACUAAAAAAAAAAUGGUUUUAUCAAAGUUGUUUGAAAAAAAUGUGACUAUUGGAUUUAGUAUUAAAAAAAGGCAUUGCUAUUCAAAAAAAGUAAAUUAUAUUGUGCAUGCGAGUACCGAAAGGUUUAGAUAUAUGAAACUUAUCCUUAAGAGUGUAUCCCAGUACCCUAUAUGUCCCGAAAACAGAAUUGAAAUCUAAGGUCAUCGAGCUGAAAUAUUUGGUGUUACUUGGAAAUGCAAAUAUACUGUAUUUUAUGGAUGAAAUUGUGUUUAUAAGUACUUAGUAACUUUUUGCACCACGGUGGAAACUAUGGAUAAAUAAUUUUUAUUGUUUUCAAAUUAUGAAGUUUAAAAAAAUAAAAUCAAUUAGACAAGAACUGUAUGAAAUAAAAAUACAAACUUAAUGAAAUAAAGUACAUUGGUAUAAAAUGCAAUAAUUUAAAUGUGAGUAGCCAGUUGUAAAAUAAAAGUUUGUCAAUAAUUUAUUAUUUUAUUUUAAAUAAUAAAACUUUCCGGUCAAUUUUCAAUGAAUCCGUAAAGAAAAGAACAAAAUAAAACAACUUAUACAGUUUAAAUUAAAUUCUCAACAGUCAACCUGACAGGCAGCAAAGUGUAGACUUUAAUAAAAUCAUACACUUUGGUAAUAAAUCAAUAUAGGUAUAUGAUUAUAAUGAUAACGUGAUGGAUAUUUUAUAACCUAUAAUAAGUAGAUAAUUGGAUAAAAUGCAGCAAUCAAUUACAACCAAUGAUUAUUUGUUAGUUUUGAUUUUGAGGCUUUGAUUUUUUGAACAACUUUUGUCAUGUUCUGGCGUACUGUGCAUGGAUAGGGUAUAUUGCAAAUUGUACUUACUCGUAAUUGCGUCAAACUCGGAGUACCCGUUAAGAGGACAUAAGUAAUGAACGAGAAAAUCGUAAACACUAUGAUAGCUGACUUGAAAAAGUAUUCGGAAAUGCAAAACAUUAUUACCGCCGCCAUCAGAGCCGUGUACGACCUUAUCGACGUCAUUGUAUUGGCUACCUAAUAAUAUGGUUAAAACACACUGUAUAAGUUUUGUAUAAGUAAAAUAAUUGAAGAGUAAAUUUGUCAACCGUUUACGGUUAAAUAGGAUUGGAAACCGUGGUUUUCUGUUUUUGUCUUACACACGUGCAACUUUUUUGAUUUUAAUUUUUCCUUAAAUUAAAAUAUUCCAUUUUUUCUAAUUACUCCUUUUUAGGAUUUAGGGAGUUAAAAUCAAAAAUGCGGGAAAGUUAAUUUCAAGUAGACUCGAUGACAAAUUCAAAUCUGUUUUCAGAAUUCUUAUCGCUUCACUUGACCAAUCUCUUAGAAUCCGUUAGAAUCAGAAUAUGUAUAAAUUCCUAUGAUACACGUGUGUGAGAUAUAGGCAGAAAAUAACCGCUACUAAUUAUUCUCUUAGGUUAUAGAUUUAAUAAGUAAUCUUUAUGUAUACAAAUUCCGCGGUACGAUGUUCGUUCGCGGUAAUCUCUGAAACCGUUAACUGAUUUUUAUGAAAUUUUGUAAAUUUGUAUUGUUCGGUCCAUUUUGAGAAAUAGGAUAGUUUUCAUCCCGAUAGGUGACCCAAAAUAUAUUUUUAUUGCAAAUUAAAGGAUUAUUUCUAGAGAACAAAGGGUUAUUUAUAAGUUCUAUGUAUGUAUUAUAUCUAUGUAUAAUAAUCGAGUACAUUGUAUAAUGUAUAUUAUAUGAGUUUAUCUUUUGUUAUUAUUUUAAUUAUUUGUACGUCGUUUUUCAUAUUAAUUUUUAUUUUUAGUAAAAUUCCGUGAAGAAAUUGUAAUCUUAAUAAUGUCCCAGCAAAGACGUAAUACGCGUACCUAAUGCAAGAGAUCGAAUGAACAAACUACGCAAAUAAAUGAAGAUCAAAGAAUCAGGGUAGAGGAAGGUAGACGUAUUCAAGAAUCUCGAGUACAUCGUGACGAACGUCUGCGACAGAACGCAUUCAGAGAGCUGCACGUGAACAUCAUAGACACAAUCAGAGCACGGAAACGAGAAAUACUGUAAACCACCACCACUGGUGGUUUAACGCAUUAACGCAUGCAUCGUUUAUUCGUCUUGCGUUCGAAUGUGCACCAGACAUCGAUUACUCUGUGCAAAAUCGCAAACAUUGUGAGAUCUUAAAAUUUCACAAUGAAGCACCCGGCCUUUCGGUUUCGGAGAUUGCCACGAACGAUCAUCGUGACACGGGAUUUUUAUUUGUAAUAUAUCAUCGCCUACCCCAAACCACUGGACAGAUCAGGCUGAAAUUUGAUAUACAGAUAGCUAUUAUGACGUAGGUAUCCGCUAAAGGAUUGUUGAAAACUUAACCACUAAGGGUAUACAAUAGGGGUUUUAGGUAUUUUUAGUUAUUCGUGGGUUACCUUGGUGAUACGGAUGAAAUUAAAAAAUUGACCCGGCAACGCCGGACGGGACGGGAGGUUUUUUGGUAUUUAAUUAAAUUGUAUUCGUUGAUUUGUAGGUUACCUUGGUGACAUGGAUGAUAAAUGAGUUGUCAUGGACAAGAAAACCAACAGUUUGAUAAUUUUUUGACAAUUGCCUAGUAUAAAUUGGAUCAACCAUCCAGAUUGUCAUUUUUUAGCAUUUUAAGUAUUGCAGGGAUGCAAAUAUAUUAUUUUAACAAUAAUGAAAAGAUGCUCGAUUUAAUAGAUUUCGUUAUUGAUAUAUUAUUAUAUUUUUUUUAAAAGGUCACGGUAACAAUUUGUAAGGAUAUGUAAAAUUCGUUAUCAGUAUAAGUAUUGCAUAAUAAACCAUCUAAGUUAUAAUAUAUAAGUAGACAAGUAAAAAAUAAAUAAAUCUAAUCUUAUAACAAAAAGUAAACAUUGCGUUAGUUUUUAUAACAUUAUCUCAAUAUACAAAAUAAACCUAUUUCAUACGUUAUAAAAUACCUAUGGACGGAUAUUUUUUUUCAGAUGUGUAAUCAAUAAAUAAAUAUAUAUAUAUAUACUUUUUUUUAAUCCGCUUUGUUAUAAGUAUGCAAAUUUGCGUUCAUAGUAUUUCAAUGGUACUUUAUAAAAAUAUUAUUAAUCUUUGGUUUUUUUCAUAAUUUGUAAUUUUAUAACCAUAUUUUUCUGUAGAUAUAUGUUUCUAUACGUUCUCUAUAGGGAAGUAUUUAUAGAUUAAACUAAGGGCCAUAGUUAUGUAAAUAUAAAGUCCAGGAAAAAUGAAAAAAAAAAACCCAAGAAUGAUAUCAACAGUUCCUUAUUGUCUCGAUGAAAAUAAAAUAAACUGUGAUCAUAACGUGUAUACGUAAAUGUUUGUGAGAUUCCAUCAGAAGAAUAAUUGGUAAUAAAUAAUAUUUCCUAAUAGGUACCGAUUAAUGUUUAAAUAAAAAUGUAUCAAAAUUUGAAUUAAAAUUAAAAUAUAUAAAUGUAAAAAAAAAAAGACGACCUAGGAUGAUGGGGUAGGAUACAGUCAUUGUUAUUGGUAAUUUAAUGUAUAUCUGUAAUCAACGAUAAACUAUUGCUAACGAAAAAACGAUUCUGAGCGAAGGUUAGUUGAUAAUGAUGCUUUGUUAACAAUAUAUACAUGAUAUUAUGGUAAAAUAAUUAAAUAGGCAUUGUAUAUUUUCUUUAAAAAUAUUUGCUUAUUAUUGUACUGAUUUUCCCGUUUUUCCUGUGUUUUUUAUGGUUUUCUUAUGUUUUUUUCCGGUUUUUCACAUUUGCUGGGAAAACUCUUAGGAAAAUGGAAAAAUUACGUUAUUAUAGUUCCUCUCCAGUUAGAUAUCCUUUUAGAAAAAGUGCUAUCAUUUUAAGUCAGAGUUGACAGAGUUAAUUGUUGGUAAAAAACUUGUCUACAGAAAAAAAAAUCGUAAUAUUUUACUAAUGUAUUUUAUAAAUUUUCCAGUUUUUUCUUCGUUUUUCACAAUUUUUCCAUUUAUUGGGAAAACUUCUGGGAAAAUUAAAAAAUGACCUCCACAAGUUUUCAUGGAGAUAAAAUUUCCUUUCAGAAAAUAAGCUACACUUCCUACACUUGUAUCCAUCGGAGCAAGAUUUUUGGUAGAAAAGUUUGUAUUACAAAUCCAGGGGUAUUUUUCGAUUAAAAUAGUCCGAGCGAACGAUAGCUUGGGUCUCUAGGAAAAUCCAAAAUGCAAUUGUUUUUUCUUUGUUUUGGUAAUAGAGAAAAAGAAAUGCGAACACAUUUUUUUCAAAAUACCGGUUCGAACUCGCGUACCCAAGGAUAAAAAAGGGGUUAUAUAACCAUUCAACUACGACAAAAAUAUUUUAAAAAAAGACUAUUUAGUUAUUUAAUAUAACAUAUAAUAUUUGCAUAUUAUCAAAACUUUAAAAAGCUAUAAUUUCGAAAUUUAGUCAGCCCGCUCAGUUCUGACUUCACCAUCGUUCUUAAAUCGGCAAUAUACACAUAUUCGUAAAAAUUGAAAAAUUAGGUUUGUUCCACAUAAAUUUUUACUCAACGAUUUUCGUCAAAGUUUGAUAUUAAAAUUCUUUUAUAAAAAAAACACUACGUUAAACUCAAAUGUUCUUUUUUUAGCCACAAAGUAAGACUCUCAAUGAACUUCCUGUUCAAUUUUCAAGCAUUUCUGUUAAGUCUAACAAUUUUACUACAAAGUACCUACUGAAUAAAAAUUACGUACAAACCUCACAAAAUUAAAAUGUCUAUAAAUAGCUCAAAAAUGGCUUAAAUUUUUUGAAUAUUUUACCACGUCUAGAAAAGGCAAUUAUGAAUUUUCUGUCGAAAUUUCAAGUCUCUAUGAAUAUUUAAACCUGAAUUACAAUAUUUAACAAAAUUGAAAAACAAUAAAAGCAUUAUUUUCGUAAAUUUCCGGUUUUUCUUACGUUUUAUCCUGGUUUUUCAUAGAUAUUAUGAAAACCGCUUGGAAAGUCAAAAUAUGACCUCCCAAAAGUACCAUUUGGACAAAAUUUCCUUUCAGAAAUGAUACCACGUGUUUAUAUAUGAGUAAGAAUUCUAUCACAAUAAAAAAAAAAAUAAAAAAAUAAAAAAAUUAACAUCUCAGUAAAACCAAUACAUUCUUUGCUACACUCAGAAUCUAAAAAACUAACUAUUUACUUUCACUACCUACUCUAUCAAGAAUGACUUGUCACAAUGAAAAAAAAAAAAAAAAUACAAAACUCUCCAUUCGAUCGAAAAUAAUAUUUAUGACUUUUUCGAUCACGGUCCCAAAUCAAAGAAAGAGCUGAUACUAGAGACGUGUGCGGCCACUGUUGUAGGUGGGUAUUUGGGAAGGUGGGAUACGUAAAUAUCCCGCCGUCGUUGGUUGAUGAUAAACUGUUAUUAAUGAAAAACGAUUCGGUGUGAAGUUUGAUUAUCAAUGUUUUAAAAGGCCGUAAUAUUUACGAUUUUCGUCAAAAUUUGAUUUUAAAAUACCCAUAAAAUUAUUAAAUAUAUUAAUCUCAUUUUUUUUAUUUAACCUCUAAGUAUGACUCAAAUUGAAAAUCCUGUCAAAUUUUCAAGCAUUUCUGUUUGGUUUAACAAUUUUAUUCACAUAGUAUUAUACAUUUAUUCACAUUUAGUACAUUCUAAAGAUAAAUUACGUAAAAAACUCCCAAAAUUAAAAUAUCCAACUAUAGCUCAAAAAUGGUUUGGAAAUUUUAUCAUGUCUAGAAAAAGCAAAUAUGAGUACUCUGUCCAAAUUCUCAAAUGAUCUCUUGUGGUUUUUAUAUUGGAGCCAUAUUUCUGGUAGGAAAAAGAAGAAUAAUUAAACCGGAAUGCAAGUUACCGUAAAUAAUAAUCAAUUUUAAGUUUUUGGUAUUUCCCAAAUAUUAUGUGAACUACUUUGGAUAUCAAAAAAAUAUAAAAAUGAACAAAACUGAUCACUUGUUAUUUUUUCGAUUGAGCAAUAUUUCUGGUAGAAAAUAUAAGUUGCAAACAUUAAAAACAAUGAAUAAACGGUAAUGCCGUGGCGUGCGGUAAAUAUUCGCCUUUAUGCCAAUCAUUUUAUUUUCGGUUUUUCCCAAUUAUUUUGAUAACCCUUUAGAAAAUAAAAAGUUGAAUUUUUAAUGCGUAAACUAGACAAAACAAAAUGUCCUUUCUGAAAAAGUACUAUAGGCUGCACAUCGGAGCAAGAUUUCUUUUCGAAAAGUUGUUUAAAGAUAGAAAAAAAAAUAAAAACACAUCUUAUAGUAAAAUCUCGCCACGCUCCGAACCAAAAUUAAAAAUAAUACAAAAUGCGGAAGUACGCUUCGGGUGAGUCUUAUUGUUUUAAUGAAAUUAGUAUAAAUUAGUAAAUUUCUAAUAGAAAUUGCUCCAACCAAAAAUCGAUAAGGGACCUUUUUUGUUGAAUUUGGAAUUUUUAAUGUUAAAAUCGUCUUUUUUUUUCAUUUUCUGUUUAGUUUUUUAAAUAAUUUAGCAAAACCGUGAAAAACGUUUACGGAAAAGUUUACGGGAAAAAUGCUUUAAUUUUUAAUUUUAUAUUUUUGUUUUAAUUUAGUUAGGGUUGCUUGAUUGGAAAACAAUCUGCUAUUCGCAACUUGUUUUCAGAAGGUUCGUAUUUUAUAUAUAUAUAUAUUAUAAAUAUUUUAUCAGCUGUUGGUUUUUACCUAAAUGUAUUAGUUUUAUAGCCGGGCUUUAAAAUAGCUAAAUAAAUACACAAUUAAUAUUAUUAUUAGUAUAAUUGAUAUUACCUCGGAAAGAGAGACGUUUCCAUUUGGUCCGGUCAGAUACGAAGUCAAAUAAGUUUCAAGAGGUCGUAUUUCAAACAGAAACAUAUACAGGGAUAAUAGAAAAGUGACUUUUUUCCAGUAUUCCAUGACGACAACAAAUAAAACGUGUGCAAUACUAUUGAUAAAGAAAUUAUCGAAAUUAUUGAUAAUUUCGUAUGUGACUUCUUUUUACCGGCCGACUGAUCGGUGGCGUGGUAACUGACGGAAUAGCGAUAAUGACAUGGAAGAUACGAUGUUCAAGAAUAUUAUAAAAAUAUAAUCUACAUCGUAACAUUAUGUUUUGGCAGAUUUUGAGGUCACUGCAAUAGUCGUUUCACGAUAACAUUUCGAGAGAAAGUGGGAGAUUGUUACGUAGUAUAAUAUUAAAUGAAAGAUAAGGUGGAAAAUGCAAUCAGUUCUUGCUAUGUAAAUUAUCUUAUUAUUAUGACCUAAUGUACGCGUAAGGAGGUACUACGCGUGUGAAAAGCGUUGACUAAUUAAUCAUCGGGGUUAAUGAACUGGUGUUUACUUUAAUCGGUAUGGUAUAAUUCUAUAGUGAUAGAUAAAAUACCUGUAUAUAAUAUUUAUUGACAGCAACCCCCGAAAUCGGCAGUUUUUAACUCGUUGUUUUACCGCGUUGUAAUUUAAAAUUUUGUGUGCAGAAUCAGCGGUAGGAUGUGCGUGGCCAGUGAUACCCGUAGACUUGCUACAAGUAUAGACUAUCUAGUCGUAAAUUUAACGAUAGUUUAAAUAUUUUUCAAUUUUAUGACAUUUAGAUUCCAUUGGGCUAGUUUUGUUUCGUCUGCAGACAUUUUUAGUCGAAUUUUUUUAUAAUAAUCUCUAUACUUGGAUGGUUAUGACCAUCCAAGAGGUCCGGUGGUUCCAACCACCCGUUUGAUUAUUUGUACGUUCGCCAUUAUUUACCGUAGUUUCAUACACAUUCCAAGUAGAAGGAGGGAACAUAGGUUGACAUUUUCUUAAUCUUUUUGAUUUUUCUUUGUAAUAACACGGCUAUAUUGACCGUUCACGUAGUUCAUAUCAAAAUAAUACACAAGAUCUUGCACAUCUUUAGGCAUAUAUGUUUUUGAAUAAGCCAUACCUUCCACAACUUUAUUUUCUGGUAAAAAUGCUAAAGAAUCAAGUUUGGCUCAAUAAGAUCGAAACACAUUAUCUUUUCUAUAAAAUGUUUUUAGUCAAAGUUUUUGAAUUUUUCUAUGUGUAUUUUGUGCGAGAUGAUAAAAAUAACCAAUUAUUUGUACGUAAUCUCCUAAAAUACUUUUUGCCACUUGGAUCAUAGAUUGUUCAAAAUCUAUGUGCAGUUUUAAAGGAUCUAGAUAUAAAUUUCUAUCUGAACAAGCAUCCAGUAUAACGGAUAGUAUUUUUUCGUAUGUUUUUUGAUUUUUUUUUUACAUAAUAACACAUAAACAGUAGUAAUAAAAACGGAUUUAACCUGUAUUUUAAAAACAUAGAGCUGCUUAAAUUCUCUAAGAGCUAAAGCAAAAUUACCAUCCAAUUUGGAUGAUGGUAUUUGGAUGAUCCAAAUACUAUUCAUUAGAUUCACUCAAAAGUUUUAAUCCAUCGUCAGAAGCAAAUAUCGCAAUUCUAUUUGUUGAGUAUACCUCUGUGUCGUGUAGUAAAAGACGUGUAUAGUUUGGUACACCAGUAGUUGUCCAAUCACCUAGUAAUAUUUCAUUUUAUUUAUUAAUAGAAUUUAUUUAUACAUAUAUAUAUCAAUAUAUUAAUAUUGUUGAUAUUUACAUAAUUAAUUAUGGAUUAAUUUCAAUUAAUUUUAAACAUAUUAUAUUUUUUUGCGAAAAAAUAAAUUAAAAUUGGAUCAAAUUACUAACCUUCAAUAGUAGUUUUUUGGGUUGGAAUAUUUGUUGCAGAAAUAACUGCAGGCACAACAGACCAUGAUGAAUAUUAAAUAAACUUAAAUGAAUUUUUAAACAGUGGUUGCUACACAGUCUACAGACAACUGCAGUUGUACAUGUAUAGUAGGUAUGCAUUACGCAUAGAUUUAAUCUUGGUAUAUGGAAUAUCUACAGCGGUGAACGAGACAAACAUGAUACUGAACAUUUCACUUUGAAACAAAUUUAUGGGUCUGUUUUACGUCUUGUUUCACCGUCGAGACAACAAUAAUUACAAGCGACUCGAAAAUAUCGUAUCGGUGUUGUCUAUAGUACAUAUAGUAAAUAUAGGUUAUUCAGCUGUAAACGCUAUCAACCCGCACCAUGGGACCCUGGUACACAGAUCGCGGUUCGGACGACGUCACCUACGCGGACUCCUCCCCCGUGGCGUGGCCAACGUCGCUGUCAAAGGCCCGCCGCGUCAGCGUAAUAAUAAUAAUAAAAAAAAUAUCCAAUCGAAACCGCCACGGUGCAGUCCGCACAGCGCACACGGUGACACGGUUCGUGUUCUUUAUACGCCGCUACAGCAACAGGGGAUCAUGAGAUUUUUCGUCUUGCGUUUUGGACACAAUAUAGUUGUAGGUGACCCGCUUAGCUAUCAGCUGUUCGUUCGAAUUAUAAUUAAUUAAUUAUUCAUUAUAUUAUUUCUUAUUGUUAAUCUCGGAAUUUGUUUUUUUUUUUUUAUGUAUAUAUACUGUUAUAUAAUAACAAUUUAUAGAAACGAGCGGUUCUGAAAUGUUACGUUACCGGUUUUUUGUACGGGACGAAACCACUAUCCGGAUUAUAACUAUAAUAUAUAAUAAUUAUAAAAUAAUUUUAGUUUUAAUAAAACACAUAAUAAAUGGCGUUGGGAUUUUUAAUUUGCGUCAACCAGUCGACGAGAUAUAUUUUAGAUUCCGAGCGUAGCAAGAGAGUUAUUGGUUUUACUAAGAUGUUUAUUUUUUUUUUUUGUUUUUGUUUCCAACUUUCCAAUCUGCUAAAAUGACACAUCCCUUUCCAGUAUCAGCACUUACUUAAACUUUAUUUUGAUACAGAUAUAUAGGUAGGUACAUUAUCUGUAGGUAUUAUAGGUAGGUACAUUAUCUGUAGGUAUUCAUGGUUGUAGGUGAUUCAUUAUAAUUCAUAAAUAAUCAAUGGUUUGGUUCAUUUUCAUUAUAAGUUGUACAUUUUUUAUUAGUGUGUUUGACAACAUACAUUUUUACUUUUUAACUGAAAUGUUGAUGUAAAAAUGCUCUAGGGAUUCCAUUCAACUGUAUUAAAAUUUAUAACAUAUCAUUAUACCUACUUAAUAUUAACAUACCAAUAAUAGAAGAUAUAAUUGGAAGAUUCAUGUUCAAAUUUGGCGCACUGAUAUCAUUCAAUCUAUGAUAACAUGUGAUAUAAAUUUGAUAUAAUUAUUAGGUGAUAACCCAAUCAUUUUGCACACAGAUAACUAUACUAUACCACGGACCACGGUUAUCUAUAGCCGUACCAUGGACUAAGAUAUUGCUGUUAAUAUUGUGGCGGGUUACGCGCCAAAAUAUCAAUUCCGCCCAUUUUAGUUGAGACAACGCCAAUAAGCUGAUGAACUCGGUGUAAUCUACAAACACUAGUGUAACUCUAAUUUAAGCACAAAUAUAUAUUAUACAAUAAUCAGUGUAACUAGGCCUUCGUAAUGUCGGUUGUCCGAUGGCGUGGACGCUUGACCCAAAGUCAUACUGUCUACACUGUUCGAUUCAUUAUUGUUAAUAUUAUUUAGUUCACACUGCCUAGGCUAUUGUCAUUAAGCUAUACACCUAAACGCCAUAGAACAGGUACGAAAUAUUGGACGUCGGAUGACCGGUGAUCUUUUAUUCUUCAUUAUGCAUUUACUCAUUGUUUACGUUGUUGUAAAUCCGUUCUCUUAUAAUCUUUUUUUUCCAUGUCUGUACUUAUAAUACAUACAUUAAAUUAAGUACUUUUUUUGUGUUUCUAUCAAACGUUUUGAUUGGAAUUCAUUGUUUUUUUUUCUGUAAGUAUUUGACAUUGUUAUAAUAUUAAUACUAUGGUCCCGUUGACAUGUGGUUUGUGCGGUGGUCAUGGUAAAUUCGAUCAUUUUAAUAUUUGUAUGGCAUUUUAACGAUAUGUGAAUAAUAUUUUUGUUUUUAUAUUAUAUUUUCUGUAUUCAGAUAUUAUUUGUAUACAUUCUUAAAAGCUCUAAUCUUUAAGAUACAAAAAAAUUAAAACAAGUUUAGUUCUGCGCAUUCUGUAUAUUUCAGUAAUUUGAAUGUAUAACAAAUUUUAUUGACUCAAACAUAAUAUUUUAAGGUUAUAAUAUGUUUAGAAAAUGAAAUGUUUAUAUACUUGUACUGGAUACUUAAUACUUGUAUUACGAUUGUUAGUAUUUGUAUGUUUUCAAUUUAUUUAGCCAUAUCGUUUUUUUUCUGUUAUAGAUUUUAAUAUGUUCAUUGAAUUGAAUACCAAUAUUAUAUUUAUUUAGUAUUUUUAUAAUAUAAUACAUUUAUAUAUUAGCGGGUUCACAUAUAUUAUCAAAUAAUUGUUUAGAUCACUUGAUAAAGUAUUCUGCGUUUUAAUAUAAAUCGGUGUUCCUUAACAUUCAAUCGGAUGUUUCAUCUGAUUGAUAAUCGAGGUAUUGUUUGUAGUAUAGCAAAAUUAUGUUAUCUUCUAAUAACUUAUAUUGUGAUAAUUAAAUUGAUAUCAAAAAUAUUUAAAUCAUUUUCCUCAGUUUCCAAUGUGAAAUUUGUAAACUGAAUUAAAAUGAAAGACCCAAUCAAAGUUCAAGUACAUUAAAAGUAUGGACUUAAUUCAAAAACAAGUUAUUUAAAUUUAAUAUGAACUUAGUCAUUUUUUGUUUACACAUUGUGAAUGUUAAUUGGAUUCCUAAGUAUUAUUUGUUAAGUUGUUAGUGUAAUACCUUUCUUUAUACAUACAUACAAAUGAAAGAAUAAAACAAUGUUAUGUAGUAUUUUUUUUUAAAAUUAAUUGUUUUAUUUUUAGCUGAUAAAAAUACACGAAAUGAGUGACCAGACAAUUCAGCCUUUUACCCCAGGUACCCUAGUAUGGACGAAAGUAUAUAACAGAAUAUGGUGGCCAGGUAAAAUAGUUGAUCCUAAAACUGCACCGCAAGAAUUACAGGAAUUUAUGAAUCGUAAGAAAAAUCCCAUUGCUAUGGUUUAUUUUGAAAGAGAUAAAAAGUAGUAAGUUUAAAUUUGAAAUUGCUGUAUUUAUAAUAUUUGUGUAGGUACUAAUUAAUAUAUAUAUAGAGUGUCCCACAAAAAUAUAUCUAUUGUAAUAUCUCUGAAGAUAAUAAAGUUAAUAAAAUUCUGUUUUUUUUUUUUAUAUUACUAGGAUUAGGACUACAAAUAUUUAUAUUCCAAUUAAUUUUUUAUGUUUCGAUAAAAAAUAAAAUAAAAAUAACUUUUGAAGUUCAGAGAAAGUACCCCUAUAAUUAUGCAGCAGAGGCUGCUGGUCUUCAUUCUCUAUUAUUAUUACGAUUAAUUGACUAUACAUGUAUUUACUUUGAACUUUAAAAAUUUAUUAAAAAUAACUAGAGGAUAUAUAAAAAAUUUCAGAAAAAUAAACUAUUAUAAAUGGCUUCAAAAUCUUCAAAUUUUUUAUCAAAGUAUAUUCAAAUUAAUUGCAAUAUAAAUAUUUGUGGUCCUUAUCCCUGAGUAAUAUUUUUUUAAAAAAAAAACAGAAUUUGAUUAUCUUUAUUAUCUCCGGAGAUAUAACAAUGGGUAUAUCUUCAUACGACACACUGUAUAUUAUGGGUCAUAUUCACAUAUGGAUAAUGUUAUCUAAGUUUCAACAUUAUUAUUUAUUAUUUAAAAAAUAGUUUAAUCUUAGUAUUAGCUUGAAAAUAUAGCAUUAUCCAACGCCUUUUGGAUAGUAUUGAAUACUACUAAUAUUUAAUUUAAUUUAAUUAAAUUAAUAAUUUUAUUGAUUUUCAAAAUACACGUUUUAUAACCUAUUGUAUUUGUUAUUUUAAGUGACACUUCAAAUUAUACAACAUAAUAUAUUGGGUAAUUUACAUUUUUGUGUGAUAGUUAACUCUUUUUACUGUUGCCAGUGUUACACUUUAACUUAUUAGUAGUGAACAACUAACAAGUUUUGGUCAAUGAAAUGGUAUAAUAUAAGGUUUAUUAAUUCGUAAAAAAAAAAAUAGAUACCAAAAACCUAUUUCUGAAUAACCAAUUAUAAAUUCAGUACAAUGUUACCUAUCUUAUACAUGCAUUUUGCUGCUAUAUACUUAAGUUUAUAAUAUUUACAUAUCGGGUAAUCCAUUUAAGUAAUGGGUACACUCAUUAUAUUGAAAAUAUUAACUUUUUUUCAGAUUUGCUUUUUAGAAUGUUUAAGAAACAAGCUGCUCUACAAUUUUAUAUUUAUGCUAAUUUUUGUCACUCUUAUUUUUAGUGGUAUAACCACUAACAACUUUUGAUUUUCAAAUGACAGUCUAUAUUAAAAAGUCUAUAAAUAUAUAAAAUGUUCAUUAAAUACAUUUUUAAUAUAGGUUGCCAUUUGAAAAUCAAUAGUAGGUAUUGGUUUACUCCAAAAAUUAAGGAUGACAACAAAUAACAUAAAUAUAAAAUUGUAGAGUAGUAGCUUGUUUCUUAAAAGUUUUAGAAAAUAAAUUAUAGAAAAAGUUAAUACUUUCUGAGAUUAAUGAAUGUACACACUUAAAUGAAUCACCUGGUAGAACCCAUACAGAAAACUUAAUAAAAACCUUUUUUGUAGGUUUAAAUUUUAAUCACAACAAAUUAAGUAAUGUUAAAAUAAUGUAGUUAUAAAUAAAUAAUUAAACACUAUCCAAAGUGCAUGGCUAUUGACAUUUUCUUUGUAACAUUCAUAUAAGUAACUUUUUUUAUUGUAUUAAUAGUGAUAUUGUCAUUAACAUGGACAAAAUAUCCUUGUAUUCCUGUCCAAAAAAAAUGGAGUUUGUGGAAAAAGGAUACUGUAAGUAUUAUUAUUUCAAUGAUGUACUUAUAUUAAAAUUGAUUUAAAUUAAUUGUAUCUAUUGUAGCUUUGUACUUGAAAGAACUAAAAGGAACGAAAACCCAAAAUGUUGAAAUGGCAAACUUCAUAAAAGAUGUAAUAAUGUUUGAAGAACAAAUCAAUGGAAAUGUUGAUAUUUUUAAAGUGUUUGAAAAGAAAUUUGAAAAUAACCCACCUCCUAAAGAACUAAUAAAAGAACUCUUUGUUUCAUCAAAAAGCACUAAAAAGUCAUUAACAAAUAAAACACCAUCACAAUCAAGAACAAGUUUAAAGAGUCGUGGUCCUUUAAAAUUUCAAGAGAAUCCUGUUCGCAAAUCUCGUGCUUCAAUACAGCCAAGUGGAAGUUUUGAUGGCAAUUUUGCUUGUCAUUUAAAAGAUGGCUGCAAUUUUACUACAAAUCGAUAUGAAACUCUAAAACGACAUAUGGCGUUAUGUAAGACGAUUGUAAAAGAUGGAACUAAAUCAGAAUUGAAAAUUAAGACACUGUUACAGUUACAAAAUAAACGAAAGAAUACAACAAAAAUAUACUCUACUAAAAAAACUAAAACAAAUGAUACAGCUUUGAAAGAUUGGGAUGAUGGAGAAGUUCAAGGUGCUGAUAAUUCACUAAAUCAUAAUGCCAAACCAGGAUGUUCGACUGAAAGUAAUAAGAAGACAAUUUUAACUAAGUUUAAUGAUAAUAUUACUCACAUUGCCACCGAUGCUACUGAGAAUGUUGAUGAAUAUUUAGAAGACUGUGGAACUAUUGAAAAAGGGCUUGGUAACAUUUGUAUUGAAUCAAAUAAAAUUUUAGAUCCAAUACCAAGUGUCAGUGGUACAAAUAUGCUAAGAAAAAAUUCCUGUCAGGGAAGUAUUGAUUCUGAAACUAAUGACAUUCCUAAUAAAAAUAUGACCGAUAACACCGAGGAAAACACAAUCAAUGAUAUCGACAUUGAUUAUGAAAAGAGUAAUAAAACGCAAGAAAAUUCAUAUGAUUUAAGUGAAGAGAACAUGAGAAAUAUGCCAUCUACAAGUUCACAGCAAUCAUUUUAUCCUUUAAUUGAGGAGUCUAUUCAAGAUGAAGAAGAAAAUCUUGAUCAAUCUUGUUCUACUGAAAUUUUAGAUUCAGAGAUAAAACAAUUAGAUGAUGUUUGUCUUGAAUCAGAACUGGUUUCUAAUAAUAACAGUGUUCGAUUUAAAAGGUCUAAUGAUGAAGAGGAAGCUAGAGAGGCAUUUUUAAACAAUAUUAUAAAUUGUAGACCAGUCACACAUAUUGAUCUAGAUAUUAACAUUGACUCAACAGAAAACAAGACUGAAACAGAAGAAGAAAAACGCUUGAGAGAAUUUUCAUUAGCUACUUUAUUGCUUCUUCAGAAUGUAACUGAAAUAAAUUUUGAAGAAGAUAUGAAGGAAGGUAAAAAAACUUUAUAACAAUCCUAUAUAGUAUAUUCAUAUAUAACAUUAUAUGUAUUUACGUAUACAAUUAAUAUUAUUAAAAUAUUUACUCUCAUUCCUUUGCAUUUUGUUUCAUAUUAGGAUACAAAUAAAACAAAUCUUUUGGUUUUAGACUAAAUGGAAAAAAAAUUACAUAUUUCCUUAUUUUCUUAUUUCAUGAUCAUGGUGUCAUCAAGUAGAUAUUUUCUUAGAUGUUUAAUGUUGAAUAUUAUUUUAAUUUUAUUUAAUAUAACCCAGUAUAAUAUUUGUAGUAUAGUAUACACAGCACUAUAGUAUAAUGAGAAAGUAGAGUAGCAAAUACACUGAAAUAUGUAUAAACGCACAUAAAUACUUCAGUAGUAUAGUUAAUUUUUUCACUGCAAGUGGUGGGCUAUAAAAAUGCCACCACCACACGAUUAAAUUCUGAGCAGAGCUAGAAAUGUAUUUGUUUUACAAUGAUGUUUUUUUUCUAUCUGUGAAUAACUUUCUAUCAGAAAUUUUGCUCCGAUUUAUAAUGAUAGCACUUUUUCUGAAAGGAAAUCUGACUGAGUAGGUACUUGGGAGGCCAUUUUUGAUUUUCUCUGGAGUUUUUUUCUAAUAAAUGGAAAAAUAUACAAAAUUUUUGGGUGUUAUGAAAAUAUUAUGGCCUGUUUUUUCCUGUGAAUUACCUUACUACUAGCAAAUUUGUUCCAAUUUACAAUGAUAACACUUACUCCAAAAGAAAAUCUGACUGGCUUAGAACAUCAGGGGAUCAUUUUUUCAUAUUUAUUUCCAGCUACUUGCAUAAUAAAUGAGAAAAAAAAGACAAUAAGUUCAAAAUUAGAAAAAAUAAAUUAAAUAUAUAAUGCAUGUGUAUUAAUUUUACUGUAUUAUGACAUUCCAAUACCGUGGUAAAAAGCUAAGUAAAAGAUAAAGAGCUUGUGCAUUGAUUGUAUUAUUAUUAUAUGAUGAGAUGGGCAAUUCCUAACCUGUGUAAUUUUACGGAAAUUUGUUUUAAAAUAUACACGGGUUGAUGAUUAGUAUGAUGAUACUUCUGUAAAUUCCAAGUUAAUCGGUUGAUUACAAGCUGAGUGAUAUGCAAAAUUAUUAGCAUAGUUUACUUAAAAUGCUAUUUUUGUCAAUCUAUAUGUUAAACGGGUUGUUACUAACACUUACGACUGGCCGUUUGUAAAAAACAAUUUUGUUUACUUAUUUUAUCGCUGUAUUACUAUAGUAUUGUUUUCUAGUAACAUUCAUAAGCUAUAACAAUAGUUAUACAUCAUAAUAUAUUCAUUUAAUCAAUCCAUAAAACAACAAAGAAUCUAAUCUUGAAAUCUAAUUAUGUUUUUUUGUUUUAUAUUACUCACUGGGAUGAGAACUACGUAUAUUGAAAUUGGCAAUUUAUUUUUUAUGUAUUUAAUAAAUAACUUAAUUUUAUUAUUUUUGACAAUUUUAAUAAUAAUGAUUUUAUUGAGUUUUUUCUUCUAAAAGUUUUGACGUACCAACUUUUUGUUUUCAUUGAAUUUGUUAAAGUUCAGAAAAAAUAAGUGUACUGCUAAUUAAUUGUAAUAAUAAUAAUUAAUUAGAGAAUGCGAUUAAAUCCUGCUGCAUAUCGAAGGUAUAACUGCUUCACUGUUAGAUGGAGAAAUAUGUGUUACGGCAAUUAUGUGUGCUCAAAACUGUUGUGACUAUUAUUUAACGUAAAUUUUGAAUUUCAAGUUUAUAUUUUGUUCUCUCAAUUAUAGGGAAUAAACGACAUUAAUAAAAUUAUUUGAGGGACAAGCGACAAUUAUUGACAUUGCGUGGUGCUUGUACUUAAUGAUAAUAUGAUAUAAUAUAAUUUUUCAAAAAAAAUUGAAAUCUCACAUUAAUGUUCUGUUUUUUGAUUGACACCUGAAAAUUAUGAAUUGUGGUGUCGAUUAAAUACUUUUGCCCGUGUCUCCAUCAAUAUAAUAAAUAUAGAUACUUUUCUCUAAACUUAAAAAAUUACAAAUUUAAUGAAAAUAAGAAGUUGAUACAUCAAAAGUUUUUUAAAAACUAUUUAAAUAGUUAUUUUUAAAAUAAUAUAAUAAAGUUAUUUAUUUAAUUUUUUUGCCAAAACAUAAAUAAUUAAUUACAAAAUACAUAUUCAUAGUUCUUAUCCUUGUGAGCAAUAAAAAAAGAACAAGAUUUGAUUAUCUUUAUUAACUCCGGAAAUAUUGCAAUGGGUAUAUCUUUAAGGGAUUCUCAGUAUAUAUUAUAAUGAGACCAAACUUAUUAAUUACUGGUAGAUACUUCAGUUUUCAUCACUAUGAGAAUCAGUAAGCAUAAAAUAAUGCUUCUAACCCAAUAUUGUGCGACAUACAGGUUGAGUUAAGUGAUCUAGUAUUCUAUUUGACUAAUGCAAUUUAAUGUGUGUACAUGCAUAUUAAAAAGAUAUUAUUCAUGAGGCUCAAAAUAAUAAACAUCACAUGAUGGGUGGGGACACUUUUGUAGUGGAGAAGUUGGAAAGUUUGAGAGGAAAUUUAAUGUGCAUCUGUACAAUUAUUAUUGUUAAAGAAAAAUGAUUCUGAGCAAAGUUGGGUUAUUUAUGUAUUAUAUAUUUCCAAAAAGUUACCCAUUUAUUUUGAAAACUCUUGGAAAAAUCAAAAACUACCUUCCCUUAAAGUACCACCCCAAUGAAAUAUCAUUUUGGAAAAAGUGCUACGCGCGGAAAAAGUCUGGUAGAAAAGUUUUCAUAGAAAUAAUAAACAUUGUAAAACCUAUUUUUUAUUUUUUUUAUCAUUUUUAAGAAUUGUGAUUAUAGUAUUUCCAAAUAUAUAUAUUUUAUAACUUACUAAUAGCUUUGGAUUGUUUUAAAAUAUUGAACACUGUAUAAUUGACUAGCUUGUUCUGGUUUCACAAACUAGUUAACAAAUCAAUUUAUAACAAUGUAUUUAGUCCCUCCCCUACAAAACAAUAUGUAAUGUUAACUAGUAAAAAAGGAAUUAAAAUAACUAUUUUGUUUAAAAAGUAGUACAUUUAAUUAACAAUACUGAAUAGAAAAAAGAAUGUUUUAUAUAAUUUUUUUAAUGGUUUUUUUUUUUUAAAUUUUUUGCAGUAAUAAACACAAAUAUUGAGUUCACCAAAUUAUCUACGGUUUCUUUGGAACCUCGUGUUUGUGAAAUUGAGCAUGACAUCCCUAUACAUUAUUGCACUGAACUCAUGGAUAACACACUGCCACCCAAUGUUGUACGGGAACUUGUACGAAUUCCUUUAAAGCCACCUGAGCUUACAGAAGAAGAGGUGGCCAGAUUAGUUAAUGUAGAUGUGCCAGAAGGGGUAUUGCAGCUAAUUGGAUGUGUCCGCGUUCCCAAUGAGACUGAAACUGAACCCACAAAUGAUAAUGAUGAUGAUGAUGAUGAUGAUGAUGAUGAUGGUGAUGAUGGUGAUGGUGAAAAUGAAGAUACUGAUUAAAUAUUCAAAAUUCACAUAUUGUAUAUUUACCUAAAUUAAAUAUUCAUACAUUUAAGUAUACCUGUUUUUAAAUUAUUUUAGACCAUUUCAUCUAAUUACUUCAUAAACAGGACC